CACCAUCACUGGAUCCGGUCACACGCGCACUGCGCGAGCGGCGCUAACAGCUUUAACGGUUUAUGUAGAGUAUAAAACCGCGCGCGGAGGGACAGUGGAGCGUUACACCGGUAUCUCGGUACCAUCAGAGAGUCAGACGGAUCUUCUGUCCUGAGUGAUUUUAAACGGAGGUUAAGAGGAAACUUAUUCAGCGCUGAGAGAAACUUUUUUUUUUUUUUUUUUUUUUUUUGGCAGCCCGAUGCUGCGCGAGACAGCCGGUCCAGAGGCGCGCGCGCGUGUCGCUUAACAGGAUUUGUGAAGAUGUGAUUUCGGAUAUUUUUAUUUUUUUCUGUCGACGACAGUGAGGCUACCUUUUAACAGACAAGCAAAAUGAGAAUUACCCUUCCCAAUGCCGCAUGCAUUCUUCUCAUUCUUCAGACGUUAUGGUGGGAUGUAUUUGGCCAAUGCAAGGAACCGAGUGAAAUCUCCAAACUUAAUCUUUCCGUGACUUACGACCUCCCUCGCUUUGUCUCAAACACACCUGUCCAGAAGCUUCUAGUUUUCAACGGAAGCGUAUACGUCGGCGCUACCAACAUUCUUUACGCGUUGUCUGGCGACCUCAAGAAAGUAGACGAUUAUAAGACCGGACCUGUGCACGAUGGCCCACGAUGCAGUGCUUGCGAAGGCUGCGCCGGCCAACCUCCCAACGCUAACAACACCAGCAUGGCCCUGAUAAUGGAGACCUACUACGACCCCGAGCUGUUCAUGUGCGGCACGGUCGGGAACGGCGUCUGCAGGCGGCACCUGCUGGAAGACGGUCAGCUAGACAAAGUCAACUGCAUGGGUUCCCAUAACGGAGACGACAGCCGCUACCUCGCCGGUCCGGCCGGAACCCAGAUCGUGAACGUGGAAGUCGGUAGGGUCGUGAGGUUCUUCGUCGCUAAUUCGGAGCCGCUAGAUCCAUCUCCAGCUCCACGUCUUCACCGCACCAUCUCCGUACGAAAGAUGUGGGAAAGCCAGGACCGCUUCGAGUUUGUUUCCGAUCAGUCCUACAUGGACCUAAAGCCAGCGCUGCGCGGGAAUUAUCCUCUGCACUACGUCUAUUCCUUCCAUAGUGGCUCGUAUGUUUAUUUCCUCACCGUGCAGCGAGAAAGCAGCACCUCCAGGGUUUUCCACACGCGAAUCGUCCGGAUCUGCUCCUCCGAUCUGGAGCUUCAACACUAUGUGGAAAUGCCCUUCGAGUGCAUCUACUCAGAGAAAGGGAGACGGAAACGUUCAACCCAGACGGUGUUCAACGUCCUCCAGGCAGCACACGUAGCCAAAACUGGAAGCAACCUACGUAGGGAGAUGGGCUUUAAAGAAGGAGAAGAUGUUCUCUUCGCUGCGUUCGCCAAGAGCAAGCCAAACUCCCCCGAGCCCACAGCCAGCUCCACGGUGUGCGUCAUCUCUAUCGCCGAAAUCAACAACUUCUUCAAGGACUUCAUGAGGCAGGGCUUCACCAAGCCGCUCUACCACUUAACUGGAGCCAAAAUGAAGUCCUACAACCAGAGCUCAUUUGGUGAUUCCUUUGGCUGUGGGAAGCAUGACAAAGGCUACAGGUUGGAGGUUAAAGGAACCAAUCCACGUAAAGACUGGUUUAACGGCCGCUUCAGGAACGUUCUUCUCACCUCCAUCGCCGUGGUGCCCGUGCAGGAACACACAGUGGCUACCCUUGGGACUGCAGAUGGGAGAGUCAUCCAGGUGGUGGUUUCCCGUUUUGGCAACACAGAGCCGCAUGUGAACUUCCUCUUGGACACGCUCCCUAUCUCCUCAGAAGUCGCUGUGUUGUCUCCACAGAGUCCGGACGCCUCCUUACUGCUGGUCACAGGAAAUAAGGUAUCUAAGGUGCCUGUAAUCGGGCCCGGUUGUGAGCAGUUAUUAAACUGCAGCUCGUGUCUGCUCGCUCCUGCCUUCAUGGGCUGCGGAUGGUGCCGGAACAGGAACCUCUGCACUCGCUCGCCUCAGUGCACCGACUCCAGCUGGAGCCAAGAUUCCUGCCCGCUGCUCAUCUCUGAGAUCUUUCCUAAAACAGCUCCACUGAAAGGCCACACCAACAUCACGAUCUGUGGCAAAAACUUUGGCUUCAGUAAGAAAGAUCGCUUUGAUGCCAAGCUCAUUGAAGUUGCCGUGGCUGGAGCGAAGUGCAGGCUGACGGAAAAAGACAUCAGCAGUCAUCGGUUGAUUUGUAGCCUGGAUCAUGUGAACGUGUCCAAUUCCGAUCACUCAGUCAGAGUACACAGCGGAAAGGAGGAAGGACAGCUCGAGGGCUUCUCGUUCGUGAACCCUGUUAUUAAAGGAAUCGUUCCCGAAUUUGGUCCCAAAUCUGGCGGAACCAUGCUGACCAUUAAGGGCUCGUACCUGAACAGUGGAAGCUCGCGAAAGGUUACGAUCGGAAGUGGCACCUGUGUGGUUCAGAGUUUAUCAGCCAACAUGCUGACAUGUCAGACUCCAUCUCAGGACUCGCCUUCCCAGCACAAGGUGCAGCUGCAUAUUGACGGAGUGACGUUUCAAGCUCCGGCCAACUACACCUACAAUGAGGAUCCACUCAUCCACAAUGUGCAACCCACACGCUCCUUCAUCAGUGGAGGCAGCACAGUGAUAGCGUCUGGCGUCUACCUCCACUCAGCCAUGCAACCUCAGAUGGUCCUCAGCGGUCCUCCGUUCACCAAGGACAAAGAGGUUUAUGUGACCUGCACGCAGGGUGAAGAUAAACUGGCCAUCGUGUGUAUCACUCCCUCACUGAAGGGCCUCAACGUUCGUCCUCCAGUCGCCACCAAGAUGAAGUUUGUGCUCGACGGCUUCUCGACACGGCAGUAUGACUUGACCUACGUGGAGGACCCGAAGUUCGAGGAGUUUCAGAAGCCCACUCUUACUCCCAGAGGCAGCAAGAGUGUGCUGGAGAUUAAGGUUCCUCGUGUGGACGUGGAAGCGGUGAAGGGAGAGGUGUUGCGAGUGUCGAAUCGCUCCUGUGAGAGUGUAGCUCUGGUGGGAAACACGCUGGAGUGCACAGUGCCCUCUGAACUCCAGACCGCCACCAGAGAGCUCGAGGUGGAGUGGAUGCAGGCCUCGUCCUCGGUCAUCCUGGGCCGUGUGGUUUUGGCGCAGGAGCAGGACUACAGGCCACUGAUCGCCGGCGUGGUGUGUGUGUCCAUCCUGCUGCUCUUAAUGCUCGCGCUCUUCGCCUGGAUCAAGAGGAAGAAGCACAUCGACGAUUUAGCUGAGGGGAUGGUUUGGUAUGACGGCCGCGCACACAUUCCACACUUGGACAUGCUGGCAAACGCGAGGAGUGUCAGUCCCACUAACGAAUUGGUGUCUCACGAGUCUCUGGACUAUAGAACCACUUUGCUUGAGGACCAGAGCUUACCGAUGUCUCCGAGUGAGUCGUGUCGUCCUUCCCCAUACGUCCACGCACACAUGGACCUGUCCUCCGUGCUGGGGGCGGAAGGAGACCUGUCUUCUCCGCUCCUGCCUGUUUCUGCACCCGUGGACCUGAGCAGCCUCCACCCUGAGCUCCUGAAAGAGGUGCAGCAUGUCGUCAUCGCCAGGGAAGACCUGCUCUUACACGUUAACGAGAUUAUCGGAAGAGGACACUUCGGCUGUGUUUUCCACGGGACUCUGCUAGAGCCAGACGGCCAGAAACAGCACUGCGCAGUCAAGUCUCUAAACCGUAUCACAGAUAUCGAAGAGGUGUCACAGUUCCUGAAGGAAGGAAUCAUAAUGAAGGACUUCAGCCAUCCCAAUGUGCUGUCUCUGCUGGGAAUCUGCCUGCCCAGUGAAGGCUCUCCUCUGGUGGUGCUGCCGUACAUGAAGCACGGAGAUCUGCGCAACUUCAUCCGAGACGAGAGUCACAACCCCACGGUGAAGGAUCUCAUGGGCUUCGGCUUGCAGGUGGCUAAAGGCAUGGAGUAUCUCGCCAGCAAGAAGUUUGUACACCGAGAUCUCGCAGCCAGGAACUGCAUGCUGGAUGAGAGUUACAUAGUGAAGGUGGCUGACUUUGGCCUGGCCAGAGACGUGUACGAUAAGGAGUAUUACAGCGUGCACAACAAGAGCGGAGUCAAGCUGCCUGUGAAAUGGAUGGCUUUAGAAAGCCUGCAGACUCACAAGUUCACCACCAAGUCUGAUGUUUGGUCAUUUGGGGUGUUGCUAUGGGAACUGAUGACCCGAGGAGCCCCGCCCUACUCCGACGUCAACUCCUUUGACAUCACGGUUUUCCUCCUGCAAGGACGAAGACUGUUGCAGCCGGAGUUCUGCCCUGAUGCCCUCUACAACGUGAUGAUCGAGUGCUGGCACCCCAAACCCGAGCGGCGCCCCACCUUCUCCGAGCUCGUCUCACGCAUCUCAGCCAUCUUCUCCAGCUUCAGUGGAGAGCACUACAUCCUCCUGAACACCACCUACGUCAACAUCGACAAGAUGACACCCUACCCUUCCCUGAUCUCGUCUCAGAGCCAGCUGGACCGGGACUGCUGCACCUGAGAGCGGAGACGGAGCACACACACAUACACACACAUACACACACACACACACCCACACACAGGAGGAGGAGGAAGGGAGGAAAGCUGUCCGGGACCACUGUAAAGGGAGGAAGCUGAUUGUCUGAUUGUCUUUAUCACUGUAGAUAGUGUAGCCCUCUGCAGCAGGAGGAGGUUUAAUCCCGCAGAGCUGCUGAUAUGAACUCGAUUCGAGAGACUGACAGACGCAGAGCAGCUCUCAAGACAUCGUCUCUCACACAGAAGAGCCGGCAGACGCUAUUCAAAACUGUGAAGAGGAGUCCAAGAACAUCUGCACACUACUCGCGGGGUUUUUAUUAACUCUGCUGGUUCUGAAUGAAGCAUUUGUAGUGCAGCAUUGAUGUGAUGUACUCUGUGCAUUGCUGAUUCAGGAACAGUUCUUGUCUAUAGAUACUGUUUAUAUAUAUACAUAUAUAUUUUGCUGAACAGACUGGAUUCUGCGACUCCUGAUCAGAAAAAGAUAAGGAUUUCUCGGAUUAUUCGUCGUUCUCUGUGCUGGUCUGUGCUGCUUGAUGUCUGACUGUGUGUUCAGCAUCAUCAGAUCAUGACCUGAGAACAGCAGGAUGGGACUCUCUCAGCAGAACACUGGAUGUGAAAUGGCAUGCGAUGAAUCUGUAAAUCGAAAAGUAUGGUUGUUUGUAUUUAGGGAUGCAUCGAAACCAUUACUGGUGUCAGAUAUCGGACCAAUAUCGUGCUUAUUUACUUGUACAAAAUCCUAAGAUACCAGGUGAUACCAGGUGACACAAUGUGAUAUAGGCCUACUCUAUGGUGUCAUGUUAAAUAACACAAAAUGACAGAUCUGGUCAUAAUUCACAAUUAAUGAUCAAUCAAAGCAAAGCAGAAUGCAAACUACGCUCUGAAAAUAUCAAACAGCAUCCAACAAUACAUACAAGAAAUCUGUCAAGAACAUCUUAAACAUAAGACUAGGUGAGAUAAAUGUCUGUAGACGACUCACUCUAAGCUGUUUUCUUCCAAGAUGUUGUUCUUGACAAUCGACUACUAUCAGUCAUCGACAAGGAUACAACAAAAACCAAAAUGUACUUUACUUACAGCUGUACAGAAGCAAAACAAUACCAGCUCAUCUGUGCUGUAACGCUGCUCCAUCCACACUAACUAAUGUACACGAUAUGGCCAAAAGUAUGUGGACACCUGAUCAUCACCCCCAUAUGUGGUGCUUCCCCAGACUGUUACUACAAAGCUGGAAACUCACAAUUGUAUAGAACGUCUUUGUGUGCUGUAGCAUUACAAUUUCCCUUCACCUCCUCACCUGAUAUCGGCGCCUGACCUCACUAAUGCUCUCGUAAUGCUCUGAAUGAACACAAAUCCCCACAGUCACGCUCCAACAUCUAGUGGAAAGCCUUCCCAGAAGAGUGGAGCUCAUUAUAACAGCAAAGAGGGAAUAAAUCUGGAAUGAGAUGUUCAACAAGCACAUGUGGGUGUGAUGGUCAGGUGUCCAAAUCAGCUGGCUAACAUUAGAAAGAACAAACCUAGCAUAAAAGCAUGCACACACACUUCUCAUGGCCGCUGUUUAAAUCAGAGAAACAUAAUCAGAGAUAAAUAAAAUGUUCCAUGACCUCCCUGAUUGAUUAACACUGAGUAGGUUACUCAUUUUGUUAUCAGUAUCAGUAUCGAAAACGGCGAGUACUAAAAAACAUCGUACUCGUUCUAGCUCUGAAAAAAGUGGUAUCGAUGCAGCCCUGGUUGUAUUUACCUUUCUUUCACCUGUACAAAUACUCACACACUAUGGAAUAUAUAAGCUUAUACAACUCUCACCAAACACAAUCUCGUUCGUUAAAGAAAUCCUGAUGAUUUUUUUUCACAAUUUUCAUAAAGUCAGUGUGAAAUGUUAUCUCAGUGACGUAUGAAUGUGAGUUAAAGUUCCACUGAGCGGUGUAAAUAGUGUCUGUUUCUCGUGUCUGACCUGCUGUGUGAUUAAUGUAUAUAUACAGACUGAUGUAGUGUAUCAUAAAGGACUUUCCUUGAUUGGUGGAAAAAGUUCUUCACUGUAUAUUGUACCAGGCGGUUUCCUGUCCAUAAGCAUGACUCUCACAGUGGCUCGUGGUGGUCGCUCUGUAUGAAUAAGGUACAGAUAAUAUCUUGUUUUUAUCUUGUGACUUUGUUAAAUAAAGUUCUAUCAUCAG